UAAAGCGUGUGACAGUACUGUUAAAUCACCCUGUAUAUUGUCAGUUAGUAUCCUUCUUGUUGUAAUAUAAUUAUAUAAUUGUAAUUAACAGUUAAACGAUCCUCAGACAGUGAAAGUCAGCGCAGAACAUUCAUGUACAACCGACAAAGUUCUGCUUGUAGGCCUGCAAGCCGUCACAUACUUGUGGCAAUUGGGCCUACUAUACUAUAUAAUUGUUCGGUGAAUUAAGAAAUAAAUGCCUGUUUUCAGGUUGAAAUGGUAAACAGGGCGUCAACUCUUCUUGAUAAAUGCCGAUGAUUCGAUAGUAGGCUUUAAACGCGAACUUGCCGGGAAAACGGUUGGCCUAUAAGUAACAUUUCUUGACUACAAAAUCUGCCUUUUCUUUAAGCUCUUAAAUAACCAAACUAUGCAUACAAUUAAUGCCUAUCAACAUCAAAGCUUGGAGCGUCUAUUUAGCCACGUAUGGACAUGACGCAACCAGUGUGUUGACCGGUUACUGAUACCAAGAUCAAGAAGUCAUUUGCACUUGAAAGCAACAACGCCGACUUGUUGGCUGUAGUUUAUGUAGUUUAACGUAGAUUUUGAUGCAUUUUUAGCGAAUAGCGGUAAGCAGACUGGCAGACUGAGUGGCUUGAGCAAGCAGAAUCAAGGAUCGGUGGACUUGCAAAUGAUCACCGCUUUAUGUAUUCGGGCUGAAGCUUUGAUUGCAAUUGGGUCCAAAAUGGGAACCGCCUGGGCAAUUUUCGCUGUACUUUUGGUAUCAGUAGCACAUAUCCAGGCCCUGGACAACGGCCUGGCUCUAACUCCACCCAUGGGCUGGAUGCACUGGCAAAGAUUCCGAUGCGUCACUGACUGCCACGCUUACCCCAAUGACUGCAUCAGUGAGCAAUUAUUUCGCGAUAUGGCCGAUCAUAUGGUGGCCGAUGGGUUCAAGAGCGCCGGUUAUGAGUAUGUGAUUAUCGACGAUUGCUGGGCAAGCAAAGAGCGCGACAAUAACAGCCGGCUUCAGCCCGAUCCUCUACGAUUUCCCAGUGGAAUCAAAGCUCUAUCAGAUUAUGUUCAUGCAAAAGGGUUGAAAUUCGGCAUUUACGCAGACUAUGGGACUAAAACGUGCGCAGGUUAUCCGGGCAGUAUUGAGUACCUGAAAUUGGAUGCUCAAACUUUUGCCGACUGGGGUGUGGAUUACUUAAAAUUGGACGGUUGCCAUUCGGAUGUUUUAUCCAUGGAAGCAGGCUACUCGUUGAUGUCGACUUUUUUGAACGAAACUGGGCGCCCAAUUGUCUACUCCUGCAGCUGGCCAGCCUAUCAGGAACCGAUCGGCAUCCAUCCAAACUACGACAAAAUGUCGCAAGUUUGCAAUUUGUGGAGAAACUGGGACGAUAUAGACGACUGCUGGACAAACGUUACGAGCAUCUUGCGCUGGUUUAGCGACAAUCAGGACAGAAUCGCCCCGCAUUCAGGUCCUGGCCACUGGAACGACCCUGACAUGUUGAUUAUUGGCAAUUAUGGACUCAGCUAUGAGCAGGCCAAGGCUCAGAUGGCCAUCUGGGCCAUAAUGGCCGCUCCCCUGAUCAUGUCAGUGGAUCUCAGAACAAUUGAGCCGAAGUUUCGCGCGAUUCUACUCAAUCAGGACGUGAUCGCCAUCAACCAGGAUUCCAUGGGCGUGCAGGGGCGCUUGCUUCUAACGAAGGACCGCAUCGAUUUUUGGACUAAACCCAUCAAUCCAGUGGUGAAAGACAGUUCAAGUUUCGCUAUUGGGCUCUUAAGCAAUCGGGUCGAUGGGUAUCCUUAUCGGGUCAAUUUCACGUUGGCUGACUUGAAUGUAACCAGGGGCCGAGAAUAUACCAUCAAGGACAUUUACGAUUCGGUAACAAUAGCCGAGACAAUCAACCCGGAAGAUCUGAUUUUCAUCAGAGUGAAACCUUCAGGUACCGUUUUACUGACUGCCACCCCCACACAGGAGCAAAUCAACGUAACGAAAGUCUAAUUACCGGUUUGGUGGAAAUAAUUAAACAGGAAAAUACAAUAAAAUUAUUUAAUAAACAUUUAAUAUCCUCAUAUAACAAAUUGGUUAAUUGACACGACUGGAAAGUGUAAAAAACAUUUUUUACAAUAUUUUACAUAUACAACAUUGCACACAUCCUGCUUCAUAUUGGUCUAAACAAUGCGAAAAAUACAGCCAAAUAUCUUCAGAAUCUAUACUGGGUGUUUCCAGUAAAAUCUGCACCAUUGAACACCUGAGCAGAAACACUCCAACUGGCAUUUUCGCCAACUUCAAGGGAGCAGAUUUUAGCAGCAACAUCCUGUAUAAGCACAGAGUUUUACUGCCAGCCAGAUAAAAAAGAAUCCUCAGUUCAAAUUUGCUGGAACUUUGAACAAAAUCGAGCAAAGUUCAAGAAGAAAACAAGUGAUCUGAACAAUUAUAUCGUCAAGCAGACUGAUUAACUAACUGCGCUUAAAAAUCGGGGAAAAUUCCCCAGAAAAACAGAAUAAAUAAAAACCCAUUCAUGUCAAAACCAUCACUUUGGUACCCAUUUAACAGCGUUCAAUAUUGAAAACAAGCGGAUAAUCCACCUGUCUGCAUAUACUAUAAUAAAAAUAUUUGACUAUGA